AUGAAGCAGUUUCCAUGGAGUGCCGUGGCUGUGCUCGUUUUGGUCGUUUCCAAUGACCUUCUGUUCAACCCGGAAUUUAAUCGCCUCUUACUGGUUGUGUCACUGCCCGACGUAGACAGCAGCGCCCAAAUUCGAUUCGACGACAACAUUGUUGCUGUCAUUGAUCCUGAAAGGCCGUUAAAGCUUCCUAGAAAGUCUAGAAAAGAACGAAAUGCAUCUUCAAACGUUGAAAAAUCCUUUCAAAAAGAGCGAAAUAGAGAUGAGAUCGUCUCGUCGUCAGAAAGCAUUGUUACUGCAGAAACGUUUACGACUGUCACCGAAAAGGAAAUCGUACCCGUCAGUCUGUGUAUCGACGGUCGAAUGUACUCCAUAAAUAAGACAGAGUCGCCAUUGAAGAAACUUACCGAAAUGGAACACAAGGAAUUGGAAUCUAGAGCUGGCAGAAGUCGUCAUCAAAUGAACUUCGAUCGAAUUGAGAGCACUCGUACAUCUAAAUCUGCUUCGCCACAGAUGAAAAAGAAUCGACUUCUGUCUUCACAGCCAUGUCCAAAGGCUCCUUCCUUGCCUUCUUCCAGACCUCCUUCACAAGAUGCUGCACUACCUACCUUUUAUUGGCUGGGUGAUUCUUUGAAAUUCCUGACUGAUUACGAUGUUAGGGUUUCGUUAAUGAUACAAUGUACUUUAUUAGUACCACAAACGAGCUUCAAUCGUAUCGACAGCUGUCGAAUGUCUAAAGCAACGUCACCAAUUGAUGAAUCCAAAGGAGAGAAACGUAUGCGAAAACGAGAUAUUCGUCGAAGACGAUUGCCAACGGACAACGCUGAACAAGUCGACACUAAUUUCGACCAUCUGAAUUCACUGAUCAGAACUGAGGAUGAAAUUACUGCUAUCAUCGUAGCUAUCAUUAUUGGCGUCAUAUUUUUCGUCGGUUUAUGCGUCUCCAUUAAAAGAAACAUACAAUGA